CGUUUUGAUAGGAGAAACGUCAGCCAAAGGUCCCUUGAACAGCUCGUUUUCACUGUCCGCGCUCUCGUGAUUCUCGAAUGACUCACUCCCACUCCGAUUCUCCCUCCAUCUUUAUUUCUCUCUGUGUUUUAGUUUAGUGGGUAGCUGAGGAAUUUGGUCUUAAACAGUGAUGAGCUGUUAGAUACUGUAAUUGAUUUUGUUCUUGUGAAUUUUCAACUAAUUUAGCAGAAGAUGAAAGUUGAUACUUUGAUAUUGAUAUAUGGUAUUGUGCUGGGAGUUUUUUGUAUACCUUCAAUUGCUAAAUCUGCCGUCCCCAAAGACCAAUUCCUUGGAAUCCCUCCUCAAGAUGAGAAUUACUACAAGAUAUCAUCAGAGACGAUAAAAUGUAAAGAUGGUUCCAAGAAAUUCACCAAAGCUCAGCUCAAUGAUGACUUCUGUGAUUGCCCUGAUGGCUCUGACGAGCCAGGCACAUCAGCUUGCCCAGGGGGGAAAUUCUAUUGUCGAAAUUCAGGACAUAUUCCUGUUUUGUUAUUUUCAUCCAGAGUCAAUGAUGGGAUCUGUGACUGCUGUGAUGGGAGUGAUGAAUAUGAUGGGCAAGUUUUAUGCCAAAAUACAUGCUGGGAGGCUGGAAAAGUAGCUAGAGAUAAGUUAAGGAAAAAGAUUGCAACUUAUAAGGAGGGAGUUGCUUUGAGAAAGCAGGAAGUUGAACAGACAAAACUAGCAAUUGCCAAAGAUGAGGCGGAACUAUCAAAGUUAAGAAAUGAGGAGAGCGUACUGAAAGGGCUAGUUCAACAGCUUAAAGAGCAUAGAGAACAGAUAGAGAAAGCAGAAGAGAAAGAACACUUACAGAAAGAAAAGGAAGAAAGAGAAAAAAUUGAAGCUGAAGGAAAAGCUAAUAGGGAGAAAAGUGGAGUUGAAGUGGAAGCUCAACAAGAAAAAGGAGAGGCCAUGGAGAAAUCUAAUGUUGGAGACAAUCCUGUGGAAUGUGUCGAUGAUGAUAAAAUUGGUGUGCUGGAUGAGUCACCUUUGGAUCAGGAUGAGGUUGGGGAGCAUACUGAUUAUGCAGCUGUUGCUGAAAUAGCUGAUAGUUCCAAAAUUGAAGGAUCACCAGUAAAUGAAGUGAAGCAGCAUGUGGCACUGGUGGAGGAAAAGUCCAUCUCACCUGAAAGCAAGGAUGGCUCUGCAGUUCUGAGUGAAACUGGUCAUGAUUCUAAGAGUGAGGUGUCUCAUGAUCAAGCUGUGAAAGUGGGCAAUUAUGCAUCUGAAAAUAUUGAAGGUUUGUCGAAGGAAGAGCUGGGCCGCCUUGUUGCUUCUCGUUGGACAGGAGAUUCUGGGAGGGAAACUGAGGGAGUUGAAAAUUCUGAGAGGCAAAUUCAGGGAGUUGAUGUUGCAAAGGAUAAUAACAAUGAAGACAUGACACCAGAUGUGCAUGAUAAGGAAUAUGAUGGGUAUGCUUCAGAAACUGAUGAUGAAAUUGGAAAGUAUGAUGAUGUUACCACAGAAGAUGAUAUAGACGGGACUUAUGAAGAGGAUGCUCAUGAUCAUGCUGGUUUAUCAUACAAAUCUGACCCUGAGGAUGAAUUAGAUUUGUCAGAUAUACCAAGAAACCCAUCUUGGUUGGAGAAGAUACAACAAACUGUUAGUAGCAUUCUGCAAGCUGUUAAUUUCUUCCAAACUCCAGUGGACAAAUCAGAGGCAGCUCGUGUACGCAAGGAAUAUGAAGAGUCCAGCACCAAGUUGUCUAAAUUACAGUCAAGGAUAUCAAGUUUGACACAAAAGUUAAAACAUGAUUUUGGAACAGAGAAGGAGUUCUAUUCAUUCUAUGGUCACUGUUUUGAAAGCAAGCAGAACAAGUAUGUUUACAAAGUAUGCCCUUUCAAACAAGCUUCCCAGGUGGAGGUCCAUACAACAACUCGUUUGGGGCAUUGGGACAAAUUUGAGGAUUUGUACCGGUCCAUGAUAUUUUCAAAUGGUGACAGGUGCUGGAAUGGGCCUGAUAGAAGUUUAAAGGUCAAGCUGAGAUGUGGGUUGAAAAAUGAGCUUACAGAUGUGGAUGAACCAAGCCGAUGCGAAUACGUAGCAUUCUUAUCUACCCCAGCUCUUUGCCUGGAAGAAAAGCUUAAGGAAUUGGAGUAUAAACUAGACUUGAUGAACAAAGAACAACCACAGGGCCAUGAUGAACUCUAAACUGCCAUCAUGAAUCACAGCAAAUGGUUUUGUAGAGGAUGUUAACCGCGUCGACUAAUAUUGGGACAAGUAGUUCAUUUGAUCUUGAAAUAUUAAGAGGUGCAAAAUGCAUUCUAUCUGGGCAGUUAUUUAGAAAUUCUGAGCAAUAUUUCAAGUGGGCUGCUGAAUCUUUUAUGUAACACUUCCAAUUCUUUGAGGACUAUAGGAAAAUUGAGACUUGAGAGUCAUUAGAAAAUGUCCGGCUCAUUUAAACUGAUUUUGAAAUCAUUGAUGCUCCAAUACUUUUAUUGAACUAAUGCUUAGAGUUAUUACAAUAAUAUGGAUAAUAGUAGAAAACAUUAUCAUUCCUUUUUA